AUGGCGGCCGACACAGCGCAGUUAGCGAGGGGCUACACGCUGGUCAAUGACACCCAGUACGACGCCGGCUUAUUUCUCAUCCAGAGACUGGGCAUCGCACCCGGCAUGCGCGUCCUCGACGUCGGCUGCGGACCGGGCAACCUCACCGCCCACAUCGCGGACCUCGUCGGGGAGAGCGGGAGCGUCGUGGGCGUGGACCCGAGCAAGGAACGCAUCGCCAUCGCGCUCGAGAGCAACACCCGGCAAAAUCUAUCCUUUUUCGAAGGACGGGCCGAAGACCUGUCCCGCUUCCCUGCGGCCAACUUCGACAUCAUCUUCGUGAACUCGACCUUCCACUGGGUGCAGGACCAGCCGGCGGCGCUCCGGGAAUUCGCUCGCGUGCUGAAGCCGGGCGGCGGCCGCCUCGGGAUCUCGGGCGGGUCGGGGGACUUCGUCGCCGCGCACGAGAAAAUCAAGGAAGAUGUCCUCACGCGGGAGCCGUACCGGGAGUAUCCGGAAGAGAGCCCGCCAAAAUUUCUCAAGCGGCAUGAGAUUGAGAAACUGCUCGAUGAUGCCGGGUUCGCCGACAGAAUCAUCGUCGUCAACAAGAUUGUCAAGGCAGCCAAGGACGCCGACGCCAUGAUUGACUGGCUUGUCACGAGUUCCUCGGGAAAGACGUACGGCGGCAUCCCCGAGCAUCUGCGGCCGCGCGCGAGGGAGGAAAUGAAGAGGGAAUGGGAGAAGCUUGUCACGGAAGACGGGAUUCGGAUGGACAUGGAGCUGUUGGUUACAGUGGCUGUUAAAAGCUGA